GCGCGACGCUGAGGUGGUGGCGGCGGCCUUGAACAAGUGAGCUAGCGAGUAUUGGAGUUCCGUUCCACUAGGGUCCGGAGUCCGGGGGGCGUCGAGGAUCUCCAAAAACACUUAGGAGGCGUCGGGGUGAGGCGCCAUUCGACGCCAUGGCUGAGCCUCUGAAGGAAGAAGAUGGCGAGGACGGCUCUGGGGAGCCCCCUGGGCCGGUGAAGGUGGAGCCCACCAAUACCGCUGCCUCGGUGGCAGCCAAGAACCUUGCCUUGCUCAAAGCCCGCUCCUUCGAUGUGACCUUUGACGUGGGGGACGAGUACGAAAUCAUCGAAACCAUAGGCAACGGUGCUUAUGGAGUGGUGUCCUCCGCGCGCCGCCGCCUCACGGGCCAGCAGGUGGCCAUUAAGAAGAUCCCUAAUGCUUUUGAUGUGGUGACCAAUGCAAAGCGGACACUCCGGGAAUUGAAGAUACUCAAACACUUUAAACAUGACAACAUCAUCGCCAUCAAGGACAUCCUGAGGCCCACUGUGCCUUAUGGGGAGUUCAAGUCUGUCUAUGUGGUCCUGGACCUGAUGGAGAGUGACCUGCACCAGAUCAUCCACUCCUCACAGCCUCUCACGCUGGAGCACGUGCGCUACUUUCUGUACCAGUUGCUGCGGGGCCUCAAGUACAUGCACUCAGCUCAGGUCAUCCACCGUGACCUCAAGCCCUCAAACCUGUUGGUGAAUGAGAACUGUGAACUCAAGAUUGGUGACUUUGGCAUGGCUCGUGGCCUGUGUACCUCUCCUGCCGAACACCAGUACUUUAUGACUGAGUAUGUAGCCACGCGCUGGUACCGUGCCCCUGAGCUCAUGCUCUCACUGCAUGAGUACACACAGGCUAUUGAUCUAUGGUCCGUAGGCUGCAUCUUUGGUGAAAUGUUGGCCCGGCGCCAGCUCUUCCCAGGCAAGAACUAUGUGCACCAGCUGCAACUGAUCAUGAUGGUGCUGGGUACACCAUCACCAGCUGUGAUCCAGGCUGUUGGGGCUGAGAGAGUGCGGGCUUAUAUCCAGAGCCUACCACCUCGCCAGCCUGUGCCUUGGGAGACAGUGUACCCAGGUGCCGACCGCCAGGCCCUCUCAUUGCUAGGGCGCAUGCUGCGUUUUGAGCCCAGUGCCCGCAUCUCAGCAGCUGCUGCCCUUCGCCACCCCUUCCUAGCCAAGUACCAUGACCCUGAUGAUGAGCCUGACUGUGCCCCACCCUUUGACUUUGCCUUUGACCGAGAAGCCCUCACCCGGGAACGAAUCAAGGAAGCUAUCGUGGCCGAGAUUGAGGACUUUCAUGCACGGCGUGAGGGCAUCCGCCAGCAGAUCCGCUUCCAGCCUUCCCUACAGCCUGUGGCCAGUGAACCUGGUUGUCCUGAUGUUGAGAUGCCCAGUCCCUGGGCUCCUAGUGGGGACUGUGCUAUGGAGUCACCUCCGCCAGCACCCCCGCCAUGCUCUGGCCCUGCACCUGACACCAUUGAUCUGACCCUGCAGCCGCCUCCACCCACCAGUGAAGCAGCACCUCCGAAGAGGGAGGGUGCCAUCUCAGACAACACUAAAGCUGCCCUCAAGGCUGCCCUGCUCAAGUCCUUGCGGAGCCGGCUCAGAGAUGGCCCCAGUGCCCCCCUUGAAGCUCCUGAGCCUCGGAAACCUGUGACAGCCCAGGAGCGCCAGCGGGAGCGGGAGGAGAAGCGAAGGCGGCGACAGGAGCGAGCCAAGGAGCGGGAGAAGCGGCGACAGGAGCGGGAGCGCAAGGAGCGAGGGACCGGGACCUCUGGGGGCCCUUCUACCGAUCCCCUGGCUGGACUGGUGCUUAGUGACAAUGACCGUAGUCUGCUAGAACGCUGGACACGCAUGGCCCGGCCCCCAGCCUCCACCCCGGCCACAGCCCCCACCGUGGCACCAGCCCAUGCCCCAGUACCAACACCCCCUGUAGCCCAGCCCACCAGUUCUCCCGUUGGUCCUGUAGCCCAGCCAGCAGGUCCCCCACCACAACUUGCAGGCUCCACCCCUGGUCUUGGAUCACAGCCUACAUGCCCGCCUCCUCCCCAUCCUGCUGGCCCUCCAGGGCCCAUCCCUGGUCCUGCUCCUCUCCCAACCACCACCUCCUCCAGCCUCCUAGCUCCCCAACCACUUGUGCCACCCCCUGGGUUGCCUGGCCCGAGUGGCCCAGGUGUUCUGCCUUACUUCUCAUCUGGCCCUCCCCCUCCAGACCCUGGGGGGCCCCCUCAGCCCUCCACUUCAGAGUCACCCGAUGUCAACCUGGUGACCCAGCAGCUGUCCAAGUCACAGGUAGAAGACCCCUUGCCCCCCGUUUUCUCUGGCACGCCAAAGGGCAGUGGGGCUGGCUAUGGUGUUGGCUUUGACCUGGAGGAAUUCCUGAACCAGUCUUUUGACAUGGGUGUAGCUGAUGGACCACAGGAUGGCCAGGCAGACUCAGCCUCACUCUCGGCUUCACUGCUUGCCGACUGGCUUGAGGGCCACGGGAUGAACCCUGCUGACAUUGAGUCCUUGCAGCGUGAGAUACAGAUGGACUCCCCAAUGCUGCUGGCAGACCUGUCCGACCUUCAGGAACCCUGAGACCCAUAGCCUGUGCCUUGCUUCCAGGGGUAGCCCCAGCACCAAGCCCACGGGUGCAUUCCCCAGGACCGGAGCCCUAACCUAACAGGGGAAGCUUCACUUGGAUUAUUUCUGCAGGUUCAUCUCAGACCCGCCCUGCGGCCUUAAGUAGCCACCUGAGCCACCACCAAACCAUGGCAGGAUUGGGAAUCCCUUUCUCCCCAAGCAAUCCUUUUCAGUAUUGUAUUUUAUUAUUAUUAUUAUUAUUACUAUUAUUUUAUUAUGUAAUCUUUUUGUUAGCUAUUAGAGGCCUGUGAAAUACAAGGUUUCUUCUAGCACCUGA